UAAAUUAGCCGCCAUUAAGUAUUGCGCGAAAUAAUUUUAUUUUAAAAGUUCGGAAAAGUAGUGAGAUCAAAACACAAAAUAAUGGAUAGCAUUAAAAAUCCACAGAUAGUCACACAUGUGAACAAGUCUUUAAAUUACACUAUUUUUGAUGCUAAAUUUGUGCCAAAAAGUGCUAGGUUUGUUUGUCUUGGUUCGAAUGCUAAAGGAUCUGGAGUUAUGCAAAUCUACGAAAUCACGCAUAACGACCUUAAAGGCGACAUUAAUCUCCUUUCAGAUAUAGAAAAAAGCUCUUCAUUUAAAUGCGGUACAUUUGGAGCAGCUGACCUGCAGUCUCGCUGUAUAGCAACUGGCGACUUUAAUGGAAAAUUAGGAGUUUGGGAUCUUGAAUCACCUUCAAUUCCUGUUUACUCUGUUCAAGGACAUAAUGAGAUUAUAAAUUCAAUAGAUGGAGUCGGUGGUCUUGGAAUUGGCGAGGGUGCUCCAGAAAUUGUUACUGGCAGUAGAGAUGGGUCUGUUAAAGUUUGGGAUCCUCGCCAAAAAGAUGUACCCGUUGCCAAUAUAGAACCUAAUCCCGGUGAAGCUAAAAGAGACUGUUGGUGUGUUGCAUUUGGUCACUCGUAUAACCAAAGUGAAAGAAUGGUGGCAGCGGGAUAUGACAAUGGUGAUGUUAAAUUGUUUGAUCUUCGAACAAUGUCUUUGAAAUGGGAAACAAACCUUAAAAAUGGGGUGUGCGGUUUGGAGUUUGAUAGAAAAGAUAUUGUUAUGAACAAGUUGGUUGCAACAACGUUAGAGUCAAAGUUUCACGUUUUCGAUUUAAGGACAUAUCAUGCAACAAAGGGAUAUGCAUCAUUGUGUCAAACGGCUCAUAACUCAACAAUAUGGUCUGUGAAACAUCUUCCUCAAAAUCGCGACAUCUUCAUGACUACUGGUGGUACAGGGUCCCUUAAUCUCUGGAAAUACUCUUAUCCGUCAUCUCGCACUACUGAAGAUUCUGAUGGAAUGCUGAUAGGUGUGAUUGGAACUGUUGCUAAGUUACAAAAUGUUACUCUUUCAACACAACCUAUAGCAUCAUUUGAUUGGUGCCCUGAAAAGACUGGAUUGGCUGUAUGUACAUCCUUCGAUCAGGCUCUUCGUGUUCUUAUUGUUACCAAAUUAAAUACCCAAUAAUGUUUUGUUUUUUUUCAACCAAAAAACGUUUUCAUGAAGUUAUGUCUAGUUGGCUUUGUUUUUAUUUCAUUUUUUAUAUAAAUUAAAUAUUUUAUUAAAUAUAAAUUUGAAAA